AUGCACACGAUCUCUCUCUCACUCUCACUGCGUUCAUACCUGCUCCACAUUUGCAAGGCUACCUGCUGUUUGACCGCUGCCUGAAGCCCGGGGAGGGGAGGGGAGGGGGAGAGCGGCGGCGAUCGGUGCGGGGACGCCCCGGCUGCGGGAAGAAUCGGGAGCAAAUCCCUCUCCGGCGAAUCCAUCCCUGCGCUUGGAGCUGCCCGCCCGCCCGCCAUCCCUGCCAUCCAGGGGAACAAUGAGCGGCGCGGCCGGCGGCGGCGGCUGUAGUGAGGGCUCCCGGCCGGCAACACAACCGCCCGACGGCGACUCGCUCUUCAUCAGGAACGCGUCGUUCGGGCGGAGCUCGGCUCCGGGGUUGGGGCCUGGGUCGGGGUUGGGGCCUGGGUCUGGCGCCAAGACGCGGCCGGUGCUGGCGACGACGACGGCGGCGGCGGGCGGGGGGGAGGGGGUGGCGGUGGCGGGAGAACCGUUCGUCUGUACCAGCGCCUCAGCCCCGCCGUCACCUCCUCCCUCCCGCCGCCGCCGCACGCUGCUCUACCGCGGCCUGUGCCUGCUGCUGCUGCUCGCCCAGGGCGGCCUACUCGACUUCUACCUGAUCGUCUUCACCGACCUGUACUGGUGCUCGUGGAUCGCCACCGACCUGGUGGUGACGGCCGGGUGGCUCGUCCUCUUCGUCAAGCGCGGAGGCCCGGGAGCUGCCGGCGGCCGCUUCGCCUUCGCCUACCUGGCCUGGCUCAUCUAUGUGAUCGCCUGUACUCCCAAAGUGGUGCUGAUCCUGCAGACGUCCAUCCUCGACCUGAUCGAGCUGCAGGUUCCCCUGGGCACCACCGGCUUCAAGAUAGUGGUCAUGUCGACCGUGCCCUUGCUCUACACGCUGCUCAACUCGGUGAGCAUGGACUCGGGCGGCGGUGGCUGCAGCCAGAGGGCCCAACACUACUACAGCCGCACCUGCCUCGACCUCCUCGACAGCUUCACGCUGAUGGAGCUGCUGCUGGCCGGACAGAUCCCCGGCGCGCUGCUCAAGUACACGGUCACCGCCGUCUACCUGCUCUCCUUCUCCAUCCCCGUGCUCUGGCUCUACGAACUCAACUCGCUGCAGCUGGAUUACAAGUGCGUCGUGUUCCGCUUCCUCUCCAGCGCCGCCGUCAAUGCCCCUCUCCUGGCGGUCAGGUGCUUUCUGGUCUUCAUUUACGACCAGCAGGUCUCGGUGUUCCUGUUCAAGAAUGUCUUCUGGCUGUGCUGUGAUUGCGCCGAGGUGCUGGAGAGGUGCUGCCUGGUGCGGCGGGUCCACAGGUACUCCAGCCCCCCCGGGCACUUCACACAGUGCGUCUCGGACAAUGAGAUGUGCAGCCACGGGUAUGUCAACACCCUGGCCGUGGCCGUACAAUCCUAACGACGGCAGCUCACCCUUCAACCCGCCCGGGAGGGAAGGGAGUUAUCGUCACGUUUUAAACUCUUUUUUUGUAAGUUCUUUUGUACCUGUAACGAGGGAUGUGUUUUGAGUGUUAGUGUGCCAGUUCCUAUUGGGUCUUGUAUUCGCUUCAGCACCAGUUGUCGGUGGAAAACGCAUUAUCUGAAUCAGCUCAGCCGAUCCCUGGUACUUUCGUUUGGAUUCGAUUUUUUGAUACUUUUUGUUGUGCAUCUAAGAGGCCAGAGCGUCCAGUCCAACAAGCACAACGUGAAAGGCAGCUUCCUAACUACUGCAUAGCAAAGAACUGCAGAUGCUGGUUUAAUUCGAAGGUAGACACAUAAUGCUGGAGUAACUCAGCGGGACAGGCAGCAUCUCUGGAGAGAAGGAAUGGGUGACGUUUCGGGUCUG